AUGACAUACAACUACGAAUUUCUCAAAGUGGAAACUGUGAGCGAAUAUGUGAUCAGUGUCAAGUUGAACCGCCCGAAGCAAUUGAAUGCUCUCAAUCGCAAAAUUUGGAGUGAAGUUGAAGACGUCUUCAGAAAAUUGGACACCGAUGAAAACUGUCGUGUGGUGAUCCUCAGCGGUGAAGGCAAUGCUUUCUCUUCAGGACUUGAUAUAAAAGUCACGUUGCAAGAAGGCGAGGACAUCGCUCGUAAAGCGAGACAGAUCAGAAGAACAAUCCUACAAAUGCAGCAGGCCUUCACGAAUAUCGAAAAAUGUUGUAAACCUGUGAUUGCUGCAGUGCACGGAGUCUGCCUUGGUGGUGGUAUCGACAUCAUCACAGCAUGUGACAUUCGACACAGCACCCGUGAUGCUGAAUUUUCAGUGAAGGAAGUCGACGUUGGGCUGGCGGCUGAUGUUGGCAGUCUUAACCGAUUACCAAAAAUUUGUGGCAACGAAAGUUGGAUCAGAGAGAUCGCCUUCACUGCUCGUCACUUCAGUGCUGAAGAAGCACUAACAUUUGAUUUGGUUAGCCGUGUUCACAACAGUUACCACGAUAUGAUGAGGGAAGUUCUAGCCUUAGCGAAAAUUAUCGCUCAAAAAAGUCCUGUCGCCGUACAAGGAACAAAGAUCAUUUUGAACUAUUCUCGCGAUCACACAGUUGAGGAAGGACUGCAGGCAGUGGCCACAUGGAAUCAGUCGCAACUGAUGACCGAGGAUGUAAUGAAAAGUGGAUUGGCAGCGCUGACGAAAUCUUCGCUGCCAGAAUUUUCAAAACUUUGA